CAGCCCCCUCCCCGGAACCGAGCGGUGAGCCGAGCCGGCCGCGCGGAGCCGCCGGCAUGAGCGACCCCUGCCGCCCCGCGCCCCGGGCCCAGCCUUUCUGACAGGAGGUGUGAGAAGAUUGCUGUCGGGUUCCAAUCAUGGUGCAGAAAUACCAGUCCCCGGUGCGGGUGUACAAACAGCCCUUUGAGCUGAUUAUGGCUGCCUAUGAGAGGAGGUUCCCUACCUGUCCCUUGAUCCCAAUGUUCGUGGACAGCGACACUGUGAAUGAAUUUAAGAGUGAAGAUGGGGCCAUUCAUGUCAUUGAGAGACGCUGCAAACUGGACAUUGACGCCCCCAGGCUGCUGAAGAAGAUUGCAGGAGUUGAUUAUGUUUAUUUUGUCCAGAAAAACUCUCUGAACGCUCGGGAACGCACUUUGCACAUCGAGGCCCACAACGAGACGUUCUCGAAUCGCGUCAUCAUUAACGAACACUGCUGCUACACUGUUCACCCUGAAAAUGAAGACUGGACUUGCUUCGAACAGUCUGCGAGUUUGGAUAUUAAGUCUUUCUUUGGGUUUGAAAGUACUGUAGAAAAAAUUGCCAUGAAACAGUAUACCAGCAACAUUAAAAAAGGCAAGGAGAUCAUUGAGUACUACCUGCGGCAGCUAGAGGAGGAAGGCAUCACCUUCGUGCCCCGCUGGACCCCGCCUUCCCUCGCGCCCUGCACGGAGACAGCGGCGAGCGGGAAGCAAGCAGCGGCCGCGGCCGUCAUCCCAGACGCCGCCCUCAGGGAGGGGCUGUGCGGCGAGGCCUCCAGCACCCCGGGCGGUGUGCCGGAGCCCGCCGCGGGGACCCCGGACGACAAGCUGGACGCAGACUACAUCAAGAGGUACCUGGGUGACCUGACCCCUCUCCAGGAGAGCUGCCUCAUCCGGCUGCGCCAGUGGCUCCAGGAAACCCACAAGGGCAAAAUCCCAAAAGAUGAGCAUAUUCUUCGAUUCCUGCGAGCUCGGGACUUUAACAUUGACAAAGCCAGAGAGAUCCUCUGCCAGUCUCUGACGUGGCGGAAGCAGCACCAGGUGGACUACAUCCUGGACACCUGGACCCCGCCGCAGGUCCUUCAGGACUACUACGCAGGAGGCUGGCAUCACCAUGACAAAGAUGGGCGGCCGCUCUACGUGCUCAGGCUGGGCCAGAUGGACACCAAGGGGCUGGUGAGAGCCCUCGGAGAGGAGGCCCUGCUGAGAUACGUGCUCUCCAUCAACGAGGAGGGGCUGAGGCGCUGUGAGGAGAACACCAAGGUCUUUGGCCGGCCGAUCAGCUCCUGGACCUGCCUGGUGGACCUGGAAGGGCUGAACAUGCGCCACCUCUGGAGGCCGGGGGUCAAGGCCCUGCUGCGGAUCAUCGAGGUGGUGGAGGCCAACUACCCCGAGACGCUGGGCCGGCUGCUCAUCCUCCGCGCGCCCAGGGUCUUCCCUGUCCUCUGGACACUGGUUAGUCCGUUUAUCGAUGACAACACCAGAAGGAAAUUCCUCAUUUACGCGGGGAACGACUACCAGGGCCCCGGAGGCCUCUUGGACUACAUCGACAAGGAGAUCAUCCCCGACUUCCUGAGCGGGGAGUGCAUGUGUGAGGUGCCGGAGGGCGGACUGGUCCCCAAGUCUCUGUACCGGACCGCGGAGGAACUGGAGAAUGAGGACCUGAAGCUGUGGACCGAGACCAUCUACCAGUCCGCGAGCGUCUUCAAGGGCGCCCCGCACGAGAUCCUCAUCCAGAUCGUGGACGCCUCUUCCGUGAUCACCUGGGACUUCGACGUGUGCAAAGGGGACGUCGUCUUCAACAUCUAUCACUCCAAGAGGUCACCACAGCCCCCCAAGAAGGACUCCCUGGGGGCCCACAGCAUCACUGGCCCAGGCGGCAACAACGUGCAGCUCAUAGACAGAGUGUGGCAGCUGGGCCGGGACUACAGCAUGGUGGAGUCGCCCCUGGUGUGCAAAGAAGGAGAGAGCGUGCAGGGCUCACACGUGACCCGGUGGCCAGGCUUCUACAUCCUGCAGUGGAAGUUCCACAGCAUGCCGGCCUGCGCCACCAGCAGCCUGCCGCGCGUGGACGACGUGCUGGCCUCCCUGCAGGUGUCCUCCCACAAGUGCAAGGUCAUGUACUACACGGAAGUGAUUGGCUCCGAGGACUUCAGAGGCUCCAUGACCAGCCUGGAGUCCAGUCACAGCGGCUUCUCGCAGCUGAGCGCCACCACCACAUCCUCCAGCCAGUCGCACUCCAGCUCCAUGAUUUCCAGAUGGCGAUUCUGCUGACAGCUGCAAGGAAGUGCUUCACCCGGCGUCCUCACGUGCCCGGGCGUUGUAGCCGGGCCCCCGCACCCGGCGGUCCUCACAUGCCCAGGCGUU